UAUGUAGCAAGCUAACUACUGCUACUGUGUACGUUGUGAUUUAGAUUUUCACAAACUGCGAUUUUCAUUUUAUUUUCUGGCAUAAGUUGCUGGAAUUUAGUAGGUGAAUAUAAUUAGGGUGUAAUGUAAGAACAAUGGUAUAAUUGUAUAAUGGUAUAAUUGUUUAUAAGUUGUAGUGUUUUAGGAUGCAAAAGUCGCACUGAACGAAAAAUUUGUGGAAUAACUUUUCACUCGUAAGUACUAAUUCAAAUUGAAGAUAAAAUACAAUGCUGUGAUCAUAUUUAAGGCGUUUAGGAAGGAUUUUUAAUGCGUAUUGAGGAAUACAUUUAGAAAAAGUCUGUGUUUUCAUUAAUUUUGCAAAAUCAAGAUAGGUUAUGUGUUGACAAUGUAGUAAAAUUUAACUUCCCAGUUAGUAAUAAACAUUGAUUGCAAUUUUUUUAGAUUUCCCUUUAAUACUGUGACAAAAUCGAAAUGGCUAGAGGCCACUGGAAGGCAAAACUGGCAGCCAACAAAGUAUUCCAAAAUAUGUUCAAUUCAUUUUAAUGCUGAUGCAUUCAUAUUUACUAAAAAAUUGUACUACUAAAAACAAAUUCAGUGCCAGUAAAAUAUAUACAUGUAAGUUUUGUAUCUUUUUCAGCUGCUUACUAUGAAUUGCAUUGCUUGAUAACUCAAAUUAACAGUUUCAAAAUGAUACAGAUGAAGCGUUCAGGGGAAAAUGGUGAACCAAGUUGUAUUAAAGACGAAGGCCACAUUUUGGUAACAUCUAAUAUGGAGCAGAGUACCGAUGCCAGGAAGUAUAACGAUAGCAAAAAUUCGACACAACAAGAUAAAAUACUUAAUGUGUGUCGAAUUUGCCUGGCAACUGACAGAAAAAUGUACACUCUAUACCGGAGUAGUCUCAGAACAUGUUAUGAAGAUUGCACAGGUUUAAAGGUCAACCUAACGGACGGAUUGCCCAAAAUGCUGUGCUGGGAAUGCAGGCAUAGACUUGUCUCGUGUAGAAAAUUCGUGGAUCGCGCGAAGCACGCGGAUAUGGUGCUGAGGAAGCUGAUCGGUGGUGGAUGUUAUUUAAGCUUUAACAGGCUUAAAUCGAUCGACACGCAAAAGGAGAACUUAAAGUCAAAUCUUUCUCAAAUAAUACGUCCGCCAAAUCAUUUCGACAUAGAUUUACUCGAAAUCGGUCUAUCCGAAUGUACGAACAUACAAUUUGAAGCAGAUACGCAAACAGAUUCAUUAAAACGUAUAGACACACUAACAGAAAUUGAUGUAAAGGAAGGAAUUGUCGAUGAUGAAAAAAACGAACAUGCAAAUUUUGAACAAUCCGAAAUUUAUUCACCUGAAUAUCUAGAUGAGUAUGAAUUGGAUAUGACAGAUAGUGAUUUAGAUCUAAACGAAGAUGAAUCUAAAGAUGCAUUACAACUUAUAAAGAAGCCGACAAAAACCGAAACAAAAGAAGAAAUGAACUGUGAAUCAAAUGAACAUGCAAAUUUUGAACAAUCCGAAACUUAUUCACCUGAAUAUCUAAAUGAGUAUGAAAUGGAUAUGAAGGAAAGUGAUUUAGAUCAAAACGACGAUUCUAUAGAUACAAUAAGAUAUGUAGACACAUCGAUAGAAACUGGAGCAAAUGAAGAAAUUAUUAAUGGAUUAGACGAACAUGCAAAUUUUGGGCAGUUCAAAACUAAUUCACCUGAAUAUCUAACUGAUUAUGAAACCGAUACGAAAGAAAUUGUUUUAGAUCUAAACAAAGGUGUGUCUAUACGUCCAGUAAAACAUGUAGAGAUACCAAUAGAAACUGAUGAAUGGAUAAAUCAUAGACAGUCCGAAAUUGAUUCACUUGAAUCUACGACAGAUGAUGAAUUGGAUAUCAAGGAAACUGUUUUAGAAAACGUUUCUACUGAUAACAAAUAUAGAGAAAUAAAAAAUGUUAAACUGUGUGCCGGAAAGAAAAUGCAAAAGGAAAACAUGAAUGGGACUAACGUAGACAUAAAAAGGAAAUCAAAGGCUACAGUGCUGGACCCGGCAGUGUUUACUAUCAUUAAUUUGUCAUACAGUGAGCAAAUUAGAGAAAUCACGAAAAGGAAAGAGAGCGACAACUAUAAAUACUCCGAGUAUAAAUGUGCAGAGUGUUACAAAGGCUUUCUUGAGGAAGACAUAUACAAACUUCAUAUGUUACGACAUUCAAAUAAAUUCGGCAACUACAUUUGCGGUAUCUGCAAGGUCCAUUUCAACAAACGACGUGCACUAUGCAGACAUAUUACAAUUCACACGCAGAAGUUCAGCUGCAAACACUGUCCCUAUGUUACCACCGGAAAGAAAACCGCGAAGCUGCACGAAGCCUACCAUAACGGCACGGUAUACAAUUGUGAGCAGUGCCCGGAAACUUUUGUCAAAUUAACCACGUACCUGGGUCAUGUGCGAAUAAAGCACCCGUCAGACUAUGUGUGUGAGUUGUGCGGGAACUCCUUCAUCGGCAGGAAUGGAUUAGCGCAGCACAAGAAGUUGAAGCAUCGCUUCGAUCGACUGGCGUUAGCAGAUGAUGGUCCGUCCUGCAAGGAGUGCGAUAUCCAGUUCGCUACAGAAGGUGCAUUGAAGAAACAUUUGAAAUUGUCAAGCAGACAUAAAAUAGUACUGGAGCCAGAUCGAAAGCGUGGAAGACCGACCGACUAUGAUUGGAGCGAUAACGCAGAGUCACCGAAUGAAAAGAGAAAAAAGCGCGACCAUGAGCUGGAAACGCCCAUAUCUUGUGAGCAGUGUGAAAUGCAACUGGCGGACUAUACUUCGUACUACCGACACUUCAGGAGUGCGCACCCGGGCAAGAAUCGAACCAACUACGCGUCGAAGGAUACCCACUGUAUGUGCGAGGUGUGCGGCCGGAUGUUCAAGAGUCCAGCGUUGCUCAACGAUCACAGUUUGGUCCACUCGGGGUUGAAGCAAUUCGAGUGCCCUCAGUGCCACAAGGUGUUCCCGCGCCGAUACAGUUUGGUGAACCAUAGGCGACUGCAUCGAAGAUCGAAGCCGACCCACCAGUGUGGCGUUUGCAACAAGAUGUUCAGCAACGCGUUCAACUUGAAACGACAUAAGAAUAUCCACACCGGCUUGAAACCGUUCAAGUGUGAGAUAUGCGAGAAAUGCUUUAAGGAUCUCCAUGAGAAGCGGCUCCAUUUUACAUACGUUCAUCUGAAGAAGCCGUGGCCGAAACGCACGAAAAAGAAGCCGACUAAUUCGCGACAGCACCCGUCAGAAUAAUACGCUAUUUUUCAAGUCUACUCUAACUCUGUCUGGGUUGCCCAUCUGUGAGAGCAAGAUCGAUUCAUCGGUACACACAUAAAGUUGAAGUUAUUAGUUUUUUUUAAACAAAAUCGAAACUAUGAUACUAAUAAUUGUAUUUGUACCAAUAAGUGAUGACUUUGGUGUUCUGUAAAAGGAGUUUUAAAGAUUCUUUAGUUUUAAUAAAGGAAUUUAAACACUGCACAACUUAAGAAAUGGUGUGCGUAAUUCAUUAUUUGUAAGGAAAAUUGUAAAUAAAUAUCUAAGAAAACC